UGUUAUCCACAUAAACCCUAAAAUACCCCCAAAAUCUACUGUUUUAAAUGCAAAACUUGCAUUGUGACAGGAAUUGUUUCGCAGCAGCAGAUGAACGUAUGCAGUGCAGGAUAGGAUACGGACUCAAUUAGGAACCAAGAUAUUGCCCUAUAUCUUUUUGUAGCUUGGAAACGAACGCCUCCAUCUUCCACAUUUCUCCUUUGCAAAAACCCAUCUAUCUACCAUACAACCGCACCAGACGAUCUAUCGGGAAGAGUAAUAGUGGGAAAGAUGAGCCGUUUAAUAAGGAAAGCAUAUAAGUCGGCGGCCUCCGGCUUGAAAUACCAUACAAUGGACCAGCGUCUCCUGAAGUCCGCAGACAAUUAUGAAGCCCGCUAUGGAGAAUUGUCCAAAGUCGCGGUUGACUACAAGGGUUCAAACCGUCCAAAGACGGUAGAAGAGGUCCUGGAAGUCCUUCAAAUUGCAAAAGAGUUUCGAACAGCGGUUGAAAAACUCUUUUAUGAUUAUAAUCAUUUCAAGCUACAUGAAGAACCAAUUCUCAGCAGUAUGAUCAGAGGUUAUGUUUUACCAUCUGCAGCAGCCGCAACGGUUGGUGUCCUAGUUGCGGAGAUUGCAUAUAGGAAACAGUUGAAGGAGGAGUACCUAGCAAUUGAAAGGGAGCUGUCAGCUGAAAGUGCCAACUAGCUUCAAGGUUAACUUCUGUAAGUUAAACAGAGUGGACAAACCACUUGAGAGUACUGUGAUGAUCCUCUUAGAUAAAUUGCUUGUUAUGUGUGGGCAUGGAUCUUAUAACUUUAUGGCCUGUUUUGUGUGGUUUAGGAUUAUAAACCUAUAGUUAGAUUUAUGAGUAGCUAAUGUUGAGCUUUUCUACAGAGCUUAUAACUUUAUGUCGUGUUUCAAGUGGUUUAGAACUGUAUUUAUAUCUACUAAUUGCUAGCGUCUUUUGUUCCGGAA